AUGGCGCCUAUCGCUUCAACAAUCGCGUUGCAUCUGGAGGGCGUGUCCGAUAGCCAGCGGGCAAGAGAGGUCUACAAAUACUACCAACCAGUCCCCGUGGCGGCCGACAAGCCAGAGAUCACGGAAGAGUCCUCCGAUGAUACAGAACAUAACAGAGAUAUCAAAGUGACAUCCAACGUCACGUCCUCCAAAGUCUCCUCGCCCGAUACCGCGCUGACAGCCUUCUGCCAACUGACAACAUGGAGGCUGGGCUCGCAACGGGCUAUGAUAAGGCUGACGGUGGAUCUGGUAGAUAACACCAAACAUGCGCCAGGAGAUGACAUAUGGAUUGGUUGUGCGGCUGUGAGCAAGGUUGGACGGCUUUGCGAGAGAACAAUCGCGGUCAAACCCAGCGGUGGAUCCUACCCGGUCUUUAUCGUGGAUGACUUGAGCAAGGACGACCGUUUCAAUCAACUACCUUUUGUUGCUGGCUCGCCAUUCAUGCGGUUCUAUGCCGGAGUACCUCUGAUCACCAAGCGCGGCAUCCCCAUUGGCAGUCUCUUUGUGGUGGACGAAAGACCAGGCAGGGGCCUCUCCCCGGAGAAAGUUCACUUCAUGGGAACGAUGGCAGUGACCAUCAUGAGGCACAUGGAGAUGACGAGAGAGGUCGAGGAGCACCGUCGAGGCAUGAAGAUGAGUCGAGGACUCGCGUCUUUUGUGGAAGGCCGAGCAGAGCUCGCCGAGGCCGAAAUCGAAGCCGAGGACAACGAAGGAACCAAGAUCGUAGGCCAAUUCGAGACGGAAAAUUCUCUUCGAACCACGAGGUCCAAGGGCUCAGUGCGAAGCUCCGUGUCACAGUCACAUGCGGGAUCUGUCGCCGGUGUCGAUGGUCCGGAGAGGGAGUAUUCCGCGGCGCUGUCGAGGACGGAAAAGGUAAUAUUUGCUGCAGGCCAGGACAGCCUUCAGGAUACCCCGAGCAAACGCCCAGAUCUGGAAUCUAUGGCCCAGUCGCAACAGACGUCGUACGAGACGAGUGUUACGAUUUCAUCUCCCAGCGACCCCAAUGAUAAGAGUGCCAGCUCCCCAGGCGAGGAGCAGACGGAGAUCGUGUCGAUGAAGCUGCUCUUUUCACGCGCUGCCAACCUGAUCCGAGAAGCAUUCGAGGUGGACGGCGGAUGCAUUUUCUACGACGCGCAAACCGGGUUCGGUAGCGACAAAGCUCACACCCAGGGACCCCACGGAGAUCCGAGCAGUCACCAAGAGAGUCCAACGAGUAGCAUAGCUGGCUGCCUGAGCAGCGAUCUGGAUAGUUCGGUGUCCGCUGGGGGAUACUUUUCCGAUGCAGAAUCGAAACGAAGAUUCCCUGCAGCAUUACCCGCACUUCCCUCGCAGGGCGAUGGGUCUCUGGAAUUUGCUGACACGGCCUUUUCUCACACUACCAGCACCGCCUCGAAGCCGUGCGAACUCCUAGGUUUCUCGACUCCAUAUGCAGCUUCCAUCAAUAGUGAUCCGAUGCCAGGCAUGGAAUCUUUCAACCCGCUGGAAGAGAAGACUUUGAUGCCCCUGCUCACUCGAUACCCCCGGGGUAAGUUAUGGAACUUUGACUCUGACGGUGGUGUAUCCUCUUCAUCGGACGAGGAGCAACAUCCACCCUUAUCGAGCGACCCAUUGAAGCGCAGUAAGGAGAUGCGACAACGCAAAGUCAAGAACAAGCAGAGCAGGUCUGUCGCCAAGAUGCUGGCCAAGUACUUUCCUGGUGUCCGGCAGCUGCUGUUCAUACCUCUCUGGAAUGCCGGAUCGUCUCGCUGGCUGAGCGCUUGCUUUGCUUGGUCAACGGAGCCGACCCGUGUUUUGUCCAUGCAAAGCGAGCUCUCGUUCUUGAGUGCCUUUGGGAACUCUGUGAUGGCUGAAUGGUCCAGGAUUGACACAGAGAUCGCGGACCAGAAAAAGACCGACUUCAUCGGAAGCAUCUCUCACGAGCUGAGAUCACCUCUACAUGGUAUCCUUGCAAGUGCUGAAUUCCUGGAAGAGAACUCGACUGGCUGGGAGAGGGGCCUUGUCGAGACUAUUGAUAGCUGUGGCAGAACGCUACUUGACACGAUCAACCAUAUUCUCGACUACUCCAAGAUCAAUCACUUCGAGAAGAACUGGAGAAAGAACAAGGGCCGGCCACAAGGCUUGACAGGAAAAGCAGGAGCGCCUCUUGCCCUGCAGCAAUCCGACCUCCCUAUGCUCAACCUAUUCCAGGCCCUCGAUAUCUCCAUACUGUGUGAGGAGGUGGUCGACAGUGUUUUUGCCGGUCAUGUCUUCCAACACACCACCGCGCAAUCCUUCGACCAGGUCGCAGAUGCGCGGGGAAAGAUGGCAGACUCCAUCAAAUCGGCAGCUGCAACGGAUGCCUCUACAAGCUCGCAAAGUAUCCAGGUCUCGUCUGGAGUUUUUGUCAUCCUCGAUGCCGAGUGCCACAACUACCAUUUUACCACUCAACCUGGAGCACUCAGGCGACUAAUUAUGAACCUCUUGGGCAAUGCCUUGAAGUACACGUCUCAUGGAUACGUCAAGGUGAGCCUGCAGGCUGUCGAUACGGAUGAUUUUCACGUCACCUCUGAGGGAUCAUUCGCUGGCAGCGAAAAUGUUCCGAGGUCUAUGAUAAAACUGGUUGUGGAAGACACCGGCCGUGGAAUCUCACAUGACUUCUUGAGAUCGAAGCUCUUUAUGCCUUUCGCGCAGGAAAACUCGUUGUCGAGCGGAACUGGUCUCGGCUUGUCAAUCGUGAAAAAGAUUGUUUCUCUGCUCGAAGGAGAAAUCACAAUUGACAGCGAGGUUGGCCGUGGUACCCGCGUCACAGUCGAGAUUCCACUUCUCCGCGAGAUGCCUCGAACGGUUGGCUCUGCAGCUUCAUCCAGUACCCAGAAAUCGAUCAUGUCCGUAGCCCGCGACACCGACGACACAAUCAAACAGUUGCAAUCCCAAGCUGCCGGCUACCGCGCCGCCCUUCACAACUUCGACAUCGAGACCGGAGACCCCGUCCUCCGCGAUAUGGGCCGCCUACUCAAGAGAUCCAUCACAAACUUCCUCGUAAAAUGGUACGGCCUGCGCAUCGUACCCCUCGGCCAGAAGUGCGAAAUCGUCAUCUCAAAUGAAGCAACUCCAGACAUGAUCUCUGAACUGAUCGCUCAGUCCUCCUCUCACAAGAACUCGCCAUCCAUUGUGGUGCUCUCUUCUCACAGCUCGCGCUUCGACCGUAAUAUGAGCAUCUCCCCCGAUAUCAAUGUCUCCUUUAUCGCUAAGCCCAUUGGCCCUCUCAAACUCGCCAAAGCCAUUGCACAAUGUCUCCCCGGUGCACCAUUCAUACCCACGCCUCGCCCUGAAGCCCAUUCUUCGGAAUCCUCGGACUUGAGUAGCGUCUUUGAGGAACUGACUAUGAGCCCGAGAGGUGGCGAGGUCCUGGACAACUCUCGGAUGGCGGCUGAUAGUGACAAUGCACGAAAAGCCCUGGAGAGCCCGACCCCGAGCGCAGUGCCCGAGAAACACGCGGAAUUCCCGUUCCCGAUACCUCAGGUGGAGGAAAAACUGAAAACCCCUCCGAGACUUGGAAAGCUUGGCGAGAAAUUACAAAGUUCGCUCAAAUUACCCCCGAGGACGUCGAGUGUAGAACGCAUGCCCAUCCCAAAGUCCGUGACCAGCGAACCCAUUCCUAAACCCUUAUCACCUCAGCCUAAGGCAAAGUUGGAUUCUCCUACGCUGCUACUAGUGGACGACAACCAAAUCAACAUUCGUCUCCUGAGCACAUAUCUCACGAGGAGGAAUUACGCGGUGGUGCACGAGGCGAUGGACGGCCUGCAGGCUGUGAACAAGGUCGAUGCUAGGAAAGAAGGGUAUGAUAUCAUAUUUAUGGACAUCACGAUGCCGGUGCUCGACGGCUUCGGCGCCACCCGCCAGAUCCGCGCGAUUGAAGAUCGUCGUCGCCGCGCCACAAACCCGGGCCUUUAUUCCUCGUCGGACACUAUUUGGGGCUCUGUGGUGUCAGAUCGCAAGGGAUCUGGGGCACGUGGUGGGAGGAAUGAAGGUGGGGACGGAGAUGGCAACGCGGCACUGAUCAUAGCGUUUACAGGUCGCAGUUCAAUUGAGGACCAGACCGAGGCGGUACGGGUUGGCAUCGACCUGUUCAUGACAAAGCCGGUUGCGUUUAAGGAGGUUGGCAAGAUCAUUGAUAAUUGGGUUGCUAACCGGGAGAAGGAGAAGCGGGGGAACUUGACGUGA